CUAGGGGAGGAGAGGCAAAGUUGCCAGGAUCUAAAAUGGCCGGCAGAGCGGCUGAAGCCAAAACACUUUUUUAAAAAUCCCUUAUGCAGGCCAGCACCCUCUCGGACUUCGUCCCGGCCAGCGCCGUCCGGUCGCCUUCCCUCCGCUCUCCCCCCCCCCACUCCUCCAGGCCAAACUAACGGGCCCGGCCGCGCGCUCUUUCUCCGUGCGUGAUGACGUAAGGGGAGCCCGCCCGGAGAAGCCGUUGCUGUUCGCGGGGUGGUUGCCGUGGUAACGGUACCCAGCUCCCAGGCCGGAGCGGGCCGGGCCUAGCCAUGGCUGCUGCGGCGGGGGCAGCUGUGGCGGCGGCGACGGCGACGCCGGACGAAGACCCCCGCCCGCUGCCGGGGCCUUCCUUUGGGCGGAGGGCCGUGUGCUCCCGACCCUACUUCGUGGUGCUGAUGGUGUUCGCGCACCUCUACGUGCUCAACGUGCUGGGCUUGCUGCUCUUCGUGCACAUCAGCUCCGACGGCGGGGAGACGGAGCCCGGCAAGGAGGGACCCCCGGGCCCCGCACAGGACCCGCCCGCGCCGCCCUUCUCCUCCCCGGGAGGAGGAGGCUCUCGCCCUCACAGCCUGCCUCGCCUCGAGGGCAUCAAGGUGGGCCAUAAACAGAAGGUGGAACUGAUUCCUAACAAAAUCCAUGUCAUGAAAACUCUCAGCUUGAAACCACUCCUUUUUGAAAUUCCAGACUUCCUGAGUGAGGAUGAAUGCAAGUUAAUUAUCCACUUGGCUCAGCUGAAAGGGCUGCAGAAAAGUCAGAUUCUGCCCACAGAUGACUACGAGGAAGCAAUCGAAAUGAUAGAUAUCAGCCAGAUGGAUAUAUUUAAUCUACUGGACCACAACCAGGAUGGACACCUGCAGCUCAAGGAGGUACUGACACACACCCGUCUAGGAAACGGCAGGUGGAUGACGCCUGAGAGUAUCCGGGAGAUGUACUCUGCCGUGAAAGCAGACCCAGAUGGCAAUGGUGUGCUGAGUUUGGAGGAGUUUAAGCAGCUGAAUAUUCGGGAUUUCCACAAGUAUAUGGGCAGCCAAAAAGUGAAGAUGAGUGACCUGGUGCGGAAUAGCCAGCACACGUGGCUGUAUCAAGGCGAGGGAGCCCACAAUGUCAUGCGCUCCAUACAGCAAAGGGUGAUUCACUUAACCCGUCUGCCCUCUGAGAUUGUGGAGCACAGUGAACCCCUGCAGGUAGUGCGAUACGACCAAGGCGGGCACUACCAUGCCCACAUGGACAGUGGACCGGUGUUCCCUGAGACUGCCUGCAGUCACACCAAACUGAUUGCCAAUGAAACUGCUCCAUUCGAGACCUCGUGCCGCUACGUGACAGUUCUGUUCUACCUAAAUAACGUGACCGGGGGAGGAGAGACCACUUUCCCGAUAGCUGACAAUAGGACCUAUGAAGAGCUGUCUCUCAUCCAGAAUGAUAUUGACCUACGUGACACUCGUAAACACUGUGAUAAGGGAAACCUACGUGUAAAACCCCUGCAAGGCACUGCUGUUUUCUGGUACAAUUACCUGUCAGAUGGAGAAGGCUGGGUUGGCGACCUAGAUGAAUAUUCUUUGCACGGAGGCUGCUUGGUCACUGAAGGAACCAAGUGGAUUGCCAACAACUGGAUCAACGUUGAUCCCAACAAGAGGCGACAGCUCCAGUUCCAAGAGGAGAUGGCUCGAUAUACAAACAGUGCGGACGAGGACCAAAGCGAGUGGACUGUGGACAAAUCCUACAGCAACGUACAUGUGGAGCUGUAGUGCUUGGAGAUGCCUUUUCGUGGACUUGGAAGAAACUUUUUUGCACUAGCCAUUUUCAGCCCUCUGAGCUCCCACUUUCCCCCCAUCCCCGCAUAUCUCAGCAGAGAUUGCUAGCUGCGCUCCAGCCUAGACUGGAGAAAACAAGGGACUGGAUAGGGAGGUAUGGUCUGGAAUGCACUGUGAAAGAGAACUGGUGAGGCAGGAGAAAUGACCUUGGCUGGGUUGUUAGGGUGCAGUUCUCACCUGCAUCUUUUUUUUAAUGUCUGGCUUUGGUUCUAGGUCUCUGAGCGAGCCUUCCCCAUGGCAUGUGCAGUCAGUCAGCCUCCAAGUUUGUUGCUCUUCUUCAUCCUGAACCAUUUCCCCCCGCUGGAAUGCAGUUCUUCUCCUUGAGCUGGGUUUGCAGCUCUGUUCCUGGCACCUGCCCACCUGCUGCCACAAGAUCUCGUAAAGCAGCAAAACUGAUCUCAGAAAGUGUCUCUUCUCAUUCUAGGUGGUUCUCUAUGGGGCAAAGCUGUUGCUCCUAGCACUCACAGGCACAGGUCAUCCUAAGUACAUAAUAAUAGGUAAACUUUAUGUAAGGAGGUCUUGAGCAGCUGUAUGUUAAGGAAGUUUCAGGAUUGAAGGUGCUGGAGUCAUUCCGAAUGAUUUCUAAUGCUCAUCAUGGAGAAUUUUUCUCAGGGUCAGACUUGGUUCUGAAUAAGGACAUGGUUCUGAAAUAUUUAUUGUGUUGAUUAUCGGGAGGGGGGUAGGGAGUGUUCAAGUGUGCAAUAGCAGCUGGUGUGCUGUAUUUGUUGAGAUUUUCAUUUCAGUAACUUGAUUUGUGUGCUCGGUUGGGGUUUUUCUCCUCUGUGAGUCUGUUUGGAAGGGGUUCUCUCCCACCCCAAGACAUGUUCCACUCCAUUUAGUGUCUGAUUUGGGCCAACAAUCAUGAACGUAAGAAGAUUCCUGUUGGAUCAAACUAAAGGCCCCUGUGUACCAGCAGCCUGCUUUCUACAGUGGCCAAUCAGAUUCCUCUGAAAAGCAGGACAUGAAACUGAUGGUCCUUUUCCAUUGUUGCUGCUCAAGAGACAGUAGGGACGCGGGUGGCGCUGUGGUCUAAACCACUGAGCCUCUUGGGCUUGCCAAUUGGAAGAUCAGCGGUUUGAAUCCCCGCAACAGGGUG